AUGUCUUCAAGUGCUUUGGAUAGCGAAAGCCCAACAUUGUUUUUUGAGUUAGCCCUACAGAUCUACACGAGCCUUCUGCUUAUUGUGGGACUGCCAGGGAAUGCAAUUAGUGGCUACAUAAUGGCCACAGAUCGCACGAACCGUCUGACUACCCGAAUACUGAUGGUGAUCAUUGCUGCCGCGGACACCUCUGUUCUCCUCACUGCGGUGACUCGUUACUGGGCCCUGGAAGUCUUAAAAACAGACUUUCGGGACUACUCUGAUCUGAUGUGCAAAAUGCACGUCUUCGCCGUUGCCUUUUUUACGGAUUUUGCCGUCGGUUCUCUCUGUGCCGUAGCAGUUGAGCGAUUUCUAGUUGUUGCAUUUCCACAACGCGCAAAUAGUGUGACAUCAUCAAAGACAGUCAUCAUAGGAAUGGUCACAUUUGCAAUAGCAUUAUCUAUCAAAAACGGCAUUCACUUCUUCAUAAUGGGCUUGCGGGAAAUUACUACAGAAGGCAAUGUCACUGUUUCCGUGUGCACACCUGAUGAGGAUUAUACCAGAUGGACUAGAGUCUUUAUGAAAAUUGACUUCUUCAGUUUUGCUGUUCUUCCCUAUGUUAUUCUCUUCUCAUGUAACCUGUAUAUAUACUGUGUGCUGAAAAAGCAACGCAAGCUUCUGUCUACAGCACUAAACCAAAGAAAAGUGCAGGUUAGCGUACCCGCAGUGCAAGUCAAUUCAGCCCCUCCCAACUUUCCCACUGCUGCCGAUAGGGUUGAGAGGGACAAUCGUACCACAGACCUCCCAAUGAACUACCGCACGAUCAGUCAAAAGAAAUCCUUCUCCAUUAGUGGCGGUGGUGAUGAACCAAAAUCAGAGCGGCGGAAGCGAAAGCCUGAAGAUGUCAUAAAGAUUCUCACGGCCCUGACAGUAGUUCAUGUGGUGUGCACCCUGCCGGGAACAAUCUUCACUCUGCUCUCGGAGUACACGGACCUGCGCCGGCAGAAGCCUACCAAGUACGUGCUGGUGAUGCUCAUCUUCACUAACAAUGCAAUCAAUUUUUUUGCCUACCUGGCCUCCAGUGAACGCUUUCGAAUCCAAUUCGUCAAUUUGCUCUCUUGUGGCCGUACAAACCGCCGUAGACGGUGGUGA